ACAAAACAUGAUUCUAGAUCCCUCGCCUCUCCUAACCGUGAUCAUUCAAUAGCCUACAGCGAACUAUUGAAACCCCCCUGUUGCUUUGGAGGAAAGUUAGCGCUACUGAGAUUCGAACCAAAUACGUGGCACCUCACCGCUGACUCCGAUACAGCCACAAGUGCGUUGAAACUACUCCUGUCUAUUCAUAACGUUUUCUGUCAAGAUGCCAGUUGACGAAUUACCGAUGUACCCUACGCCACAACAGGCAGCUUACGUGGUGGGCAGUCCUCCUAGCCAACGAAAAGGUAGUCAUCCAAAAGCGAACGUCGCAUACAGACCCCCUAAGCAGUAUCAGGUCCCCACACAAGGAUAUCAAUCGGCCCCACAGCACCAUCACCAACAGGCGCCACCUCCACAGCAGCAAUACUACCAGCCCCAACAAACACCACAGCCACCUGUGCAGCACUACAACCCAAGUCCUGCCCAGCCACAAUAUGCCCCAACCCCACAACAAUACUACCAAGGCCACCAAUCGCCCCAAUCGUCUGUUUUCGAUAAGGUGGACUCGAAUGGUUCAGGAAAGAUUUCUGCAAAAGAACUCUCGGUCGCGUUGUUGAAUUUUGAUAAUACCAGAUUCCAAGAAUCUACCGUAUUAUUGAUGAUCAGGUUAUUUAGCUCCUCCAGUGAUGUGGCAUCAGCCCCAUUAAAAAGCUUGAACUUUGACCAAUUCGUAUCUUUAUGGAAGUAUUUGUCUGCCUACAAGAAACUAUUCGUUCAGGCAGAUACCAACAAGUCCGGCGAUAUCUCUUUUGGUGAGUUCCAAAAGAUCCUAGAACAAAUUGGUUAUAAGUUAAACAUUGAUCUUGUUUUAAACUUGUUCCAAAAGUUUUGCUACAAGGACUACGCUGGUCAUGAGUCUGGUUCUGUUGGUAAAUUGAAAUUUGAUGCCUUUAUCGAAUUGUUAGUUUACUUGAGGAAGCUCACUGAUGUCUUCAAAAAAUAUGACAAGGAUUUAUCAGGGGUUGCAACGAUUAGUUUUGCUGACUUUUUGUUUGAAGUCAGUAAUUUAUCUUAAUACACCUGUUCAAUUGUACUCAUUGUCUCAGCUGCUUCUCAUUUGCGACUGAGGUAGCUCGCCACGAAGUUCUCGCUCCAUUCCAGACGACCCUUUUCCUUGUACUAAUUUAUUAGAAUGCAAUU